UGUGUGUGUGUGUGUGUGUGUCAAUGCCCAAAGAGGAAGUGGCCUGCCUGAUGUCCGGCUCAUGCAUCAGGCACAUCUCUAUCGUCUGCUGGAGGCUCAGAGGGGCGUGUCCUCGGCCCAAGCCGCCAUGAGCCCCUCCUCUGGCCUGGGGUGAAGUGUCUCCGCCCCCAGCUGCUCCCAGACACGCCUCCUCGCGCUCACGAAGCACACAGCGCUUCUUUUCUGUUUUCUCUUGGACCACAUUUCAAUAAUCAGCCUCCACUCCAAGAUCCCACCCCCAGACUCAAGGGCUGCCAUGUUGGCCUCACACUGACCUCCAUCAGCCCCAAGCCGCCAUGUUGGCCUCACACUGACCUCCAUCAGCCCCAAGCCGCCAUGUUGGCCUCACACUGACCUCCAUCAGCCCCAAGCCGCCAUGUUGGCCUCACACUGACCUCCAUCAGCCCCAAGCCGCCAUGUUGGCCUCACACUGACCUCCAUCAGCCCCAAGCCGCCAUGUUGGCCUCACACUGACCUCCAUCAGCCCCAAGCCGCCAUGUUGGCCUCACACUGACCUCCAUCAGCCCCAACCCGCCAUGUUGGCCUCACACUGAGGGUCGGGCUCACAUGCUGGGCGCCCUGCUUGACAGGUGGUAACAUUCAUCAAGAGGAACCAUGUUCUCUGUUCAGAGAGCAACACAUCUCACGGGGUGGGGAUGGUUUUCGAAGCUUUUCCUUUCCUUCUGGUCCUGAUGGGACCUGAACCAUGUCCAGGUCCAGGUCCAGGGCAGGUCCAGGUCCAGGGCGGGUCCAGGUCCAGAGCGGGUCCAGGUCCAGGGCGGGUCCAGGUCCAGGGCGGGUCCAGGUCCAGAGCGGGUCCAGGUCCAGGGCGGGUCCAGGGCGGGUCCAAGUCCAGGGCGGGUCCAGGCGUGGCCCUGUGGGACAAUGAUGCCAGCGGUCCAGUGCGAUGAGCUCCUUCCUGCUCCUCGUGGCCUGAAGGCUGGAGGUGAAACCCCGGCGCUGUGCUUGGGCCCCCUCUGCUGGUGGGAAGAGGAAACAACAGAUGUAGAAACGUGACGUCAUCCAGACCAGAGGGCCGAGCUCCCUCGAGAAAGGAUUCAUCGAGCUGCUUCUGACUCAUAACCAAUGCAUUUAGCAUGUGCUCAUUUACAACCACUUCAUAUCAUCAUCACAUGUUGUCUGGGACCACAGGACAGCAACAUGUCUCUGUGCGGUCUGACCCUUCACACGACCCUGACCCUUCACAUGACCCUUCACACGACCCUGACCCUUCACAUGACCCUGACCCUUCACAUGAACCUGACCCUUCACAUGACCCUGACCCUUCACACGACCCUGACCCUUCACAUGACCCUGACCCCCCCCCCCCCCCUGACCAGAGGAAUGUAGAGUCAGGGAAACGGUUCAUUGUCCAUAGAAUAGUUUCUCUGAAUUGUAAACAUAGGAUGGAAUAUGUUGAUGUUCUUCUCAGAUGAAUGUGUGGACAGCCUGGAGGCCAGUGGUCAGUCUCGUGUCAUGUGACCUGUUGCCAUGGAGAUCACAGACGGUGUUUUCACAACGUCCAACACGGCGUCACGAGGCUGCAGGAAUGAACAAAUGCAAAGAAAACAAUAUAAGUGACGCGUAUCAAACGUGAAGAGAAGAAGAAGCAGAGUCUUCAUCACCUCCUGCCUCUUGGCGAGCUGCCACACACACACACAUACGUGCAGCCACGAGGAGACCGGUGUAGGCCCGGUGUAGGCCCGGUGUAGACCAGGUGUAGGCCCGGUGUAGACCAGGUGUAGGCCCGGUGUAGGCCCGGUGUAGACCAGGUGUAGGCCCGGUGUAGACCCGGUGUAGACCAGGUGUAGACCAGGUGUAGGCCCGGUGUAGGCCAGGUGUAGGCCCAGUGUAGGCCAGGUGUAGACCAGGUGUAGGCCAGGUGUAGGCCCGGUGUAGGCCGGGUGUAGACCAGGUGUAGGCCCGGUGUAGGCCCAGUGUAGGCCAGGUGUAGACCAGGUGUAGGCCAGGUGUAGGCCAGGUGUAGACCAGGUGUAGGCCAGGUGUAGACCAGGUGUAGGCCAGGUGUAGACCAGGUGUAGACCAGGUGUAGGCCCGGUGUAGGCCAGGUGUAGGCCCAGUGUAGGCCCAGUGUAGGCCAGGUGUAGACCAGGUGUAGGCCAGGUGUAGACCAGGUGUAGGCCAGGUGUAGACCAGGUGUAGACCAGGUGUAGGCCCGGUGUAGGCCAGGUGUAGGCCCAGUGUAGGCCCAGUGUAGGCCAGGUGUAGACCAGAUGUAGGCCAGGUGUAGACCAGGUGUAGGCCCGGUGUAGGCCCGGUGUAGGCCAGGUGUAGGCCCGGUGUAGGCCCGGUGUAGGCCAGGUGUAGGCCCGGUGUAGGCCAGGUGUAGGGUUAGGGUCUAUAUUAUGACACACAUUGGGAGGGAACACAUCAUGGUCCUGUUGUGUUUACCUGACAGCAGCAAUGUGUCCACAGGUUGAAGCGUGUUCUUCACGUGUUCUUCGCGUGUUCUUCGCGUGUUCUUCGCGUGUUCUUCGCGUGUUCUUCACGUGUUCUUCACGCGUUCUUCACGCGUUCUUCGCGUGUUCUUCACAUGUUCUUCGCGUGUUCUUCACGUGUUCUUCGCGUGUUCUUCGCGUAUUCUUCGCGUGUUCUUCGCUUGUUCUUCGCGUGUUCUUCGCUUGUUCUUCGCGUGUUCUUCGCGCGUUCUUCGCGUGUUCUUCGCUUGUUCUUCGCUUGUUCUUCGGGUGUUCUUCGCUUGUUCUUCGCUUGUUCUUCGCGUGUUCUUUGCUUGUUCUUCGCGUGUUCUUCGCGUGUUCUUCGCUUGUUCUUCGUGUGUUCUUCGCGCGUUCUUCGCGUGUUCUUCGCGCGUUCUUCGCUUGUUCUUCGCGUGUUCUUCACAUGUUCUUCACGUGUUCUUCGCGUGUUCUUCGCGUGUUCGUCGCGUGUUCUUCGCGUGUUCUUCAUGUGUUCUUCACGCGUUCUUCACGCGUUCUUCGCGUGUUCUUCACGUGUUCUUCGCGUGUUCUUCACGCGUUCUUCGCGUGUUCUUCGCGCGUUCUUCGCGCGUUCUUCGCUUGUUCUUCGCCUGUUCUUCGCUUGUUCUUCGCGUGUUCUUCGCUUGUUCUUCGCGUGUUCUUCGCUUGUUCUUCGCGUGUUCUUCGCGUGUUCUUCGCGUGUUCUUCGCUUGUUCUUCGUGUGUUCUUCGCGUGUUCUCCGCGUGUUCUUCGCGUGUUCUUCGCGUGUUCUUCGUUUGUUUUUCACGCGUUCUUCGCGUGUUCUUCACGUGUUCUUCGCUUGUUCUUCGUGUGUUCUUCGCGUGUUCUCCGCGUGUUCUUCGCGUGUUCUUCGCGUGUUCUUCGCUUGUUUUUCACGCGUUCUUCGCGUGUUCUUCACGUGUUCUUCGCGUGUUCUUCACGCGUUCUUCGCGUGUUCUUCGCGCGUUCUUCGCUUGUUCUUCGCCUGUUCUUCGCUUGUUCUUCGCGUGUUCUUCGCGUGUUCUUCGCUUGUUCUUCGCGUGUUCUUCGCUUGUUCUUCGCGUGUUCUUCGCGUGUUCUUCGCGUGUUCUUCGCUUGUUCUUCGUGUGUUCUUCGCGUGUUCUCCGCGUGUUCUUCGCUUGUUCUUCGCGUGUUCUUCGCGUGUUCUUCGCUUGUUCUUCGCUUGUUCUUCGCGUGUUCUUCGCUUGUUCUUCGCGUGUUCUUCGCGUGUUCUUCGCGCGUUCUUCGUGUGUUCUUCACUUGUUCUUCACGUGUUCUUCGCUUGUUCUUCGCGUGUUCUUCGCGUGUUCUUCGCUUGUUCUUCGCUUGUUCUUCGCGUGUUCUUCACGUGUUCUUCUGUAUUUCAGUUACUACAUUACACUCAUACUGUAUAUUAACAGAUGACUGAGGACGUAACGCUCGUGUGUAACUGUGACUCUUCAGUGUUAGAAGUGAUGCAGCCUUGUUGUACAACUGUGGAUGCUAUGGA